GGAUGGAGAAGGGCAGCUUCGCCAUGGCCAAGUUCGGUCUGGAGGCCAAGGAGCCGAUGGCCAAGCGGGACUGCGGGUUUUACAUGAAGUACAUCUUCCUCUUCACCUCCCUCAUCCAGUUCCUCAUCAUCCUGGGGCUGGUGCUGUUCAUGGUGUACGGGAACGCCCAGGCGGGCACCGACACCCACCUCCGGCUGCUGGAGGAGCAGCUGCAGGACCGCUACAACAAGAUCCUCACCCUGGGCACCAGGAACAUGAACCUCACCCGCGCCCUCAACGCCACCCUCAAGGACAAGGACAAGCUGCAGGGCCUCGUCUCCAAGGUCCAGCGGGAGCUGGACAAGUGCAACAGCACCCAGAGCACCAACAACCUCCCCCAGCUGCAGGAGUUCAUGUACAUCAAGAUGAAGUUGGCCGAGUGCCAAAUUACCACCAGCCUCAUCAACACCUCGUGCAACGCCGACAAGCUGCAGCUGCAGAGGCAGCUGGACCAGAUCACCCUGUCCAAGAAGGAGCUGCAGGAAAACUACCAGAAAACGCAAACCACGCUGGCCAAAACCAGCCAGGAGCACGAGAGGUGCCAGGAGGACCUGAGGACCAACAGGACCAGCUGGGACUUCACCAAAACCGAGCUGGAGCUGCUGAGGCACGAGAGCAGGACCCUGAAGAACGACAUCAACGAGAACCUGCAGCGGGUGGCGGGCCUGGUGAAGCAGUACCGCUGCAGCGAGGCCGAGAACAAGCUGCAGCAGCUCCGGGAGGACGCCGAGGGGCUGUUCCGCUGGCAGCAGGACCGCGACACCAUGUACGUCAGGAGGAGCACCUGCGAGGUGAGCGUGGAGCAGUGUCGCAUCGCCUCCAGCAGGCAGCUGCAGGAGCUCCGGCAGCGCCUCCAGGCCGUGGAGAAGCAGGUGAGGGACGGGCAGGAGGAGAGGAAGAGGCUGCAGGAGGACAAGGAGCGGCAGGCCAAGGAGCUGGAGGAC